AUGAGGGCCGGCACUGACUUUGAACCACGCCGUUCCACCGAUAUCACCCUCACUGCCUACCGUGAUGCCAUCGACUACCUAGGUUACUACAGAGACACGAUCGGGAGCAUGAUCGACGAACCUGGUCAACACGAUCAUCUAUCCAAGCGCGUGCUGGCCGACAGGACCUCAAAGGUCAUUGGAGUCCGAAUCAACUGCCGCCGUGACCAGGCCACUCGGCACGAGCCACAGAUGGUCGAGGUGGCUGUGCCCAAGACACAGCCUCUGUUCAACCUCGAGGGCGACGAUCCAUGCGACAUCCCUUUACUCUUUGGCCUAGAACUGGUUGCAAAGGCAUAUGAUGGUAGCCUUUGCAAAGAGGACAACGGCCCGCCGUUUGAUGACCUAAAGAACCCUCUAGCCGAACUCCUCCUGACGACAACAUCUGUCAAAAAUGGGAAAUGGGUUCAUUUGCUAAGUUACCGGCGUCAUCUAUGUCUUGGCAGCAUCCUUUUCGUCCGCAGGUCUAAACGAGAUCUAAAGAUUGAAGACAUCGACGUGCUUUGCAACCUGAUCGAAGAAUUUGCGGUGCCCUUUAUGUUGAAGGAAGAUGCAUCUAAACCCGAUGCGGAGAAGAGGCUAGUAGACUGGCUCGAGAAAGAAGGUUCUAGGCGCGGUAUCUAA